AUGAUACAUGGGCUACGCAUUAAAGAUGGGAAAGCAACUUAUGUAUCUCGAUACGUCAAGACAUCACGUCUCAAGCAGGAAGAGUUUUUCGGAGUUGCCAAAUCGAUGAAGAUUGGGGACCUUAAGGGGGUUUUUGGAUUGCUCAUGGCCAUUAUGCAACAACUGAGAACUAAACUGAAAGUAUUCGACGACUCUUAUGGAAAUGGAACUGCUAAUACAUCGCUCGUAUAUCACCAUGGGAAACUUCUAGCGUUACAAGAGGCAGAUAAGCCGUAUGUCAUCAAAGUUCUGGAAGAUGGAGACCUGCAAACUAUUGGCAUGAUAGAUUAUGACAAUAGAUUGACCCACUCCUUCACCGCCCACCCAAAAGUUGACCCGGUUACGGGUGAAAUGUUUACGUUUGGCUAUUCACAUACUCCACCUUAUCUAACAUACAGAGUGAUCUCGAAAGAUGGCAUUAUGCAUGACCCAGUCCCGAUUACUAUACCAAACCCAAUGAUGAUGCAUGAUUUUGCUAUUACUGAGACUUACGCAAUAUUCAUGGAUCUUCCUAUGCACUUCAGGCCGAAGGAAAUGGUGAAAGAGAGGAAAAUGAUAUACUCAUUUGAUCCCACAAGAAAGGCUCGUUUUGGUGUUCUUCCACGCUAUGCCAAGGAUGAUCUCAUGAUUACAUGGUUUGAGCUUCCCAACUGCUUUAUAUUCCACAACGCCAAUGCUUGGGAAGAAGAAGAUGAAGUCGUCCUCAUCACUUGUCGCCACGAGAAUCCAGAUCUUGACAUGGUCAGCGGGAAUGUGGAACAAGUAGUUGCAAGCUUUAGCGCCGAACUGUACGAGAUGAGAUUCAACAUGAAAACAGGCUCAGCUUCUCAGAAGAAACUAUCGGCAUCUGCAGUUGCUUUCCCCAGAAUCAACGAGGGCUACAUUGGAAAGAAAUCUUGUGUGAACGUGAUAGACGCCAAAACGAUGUCGCCUGAGCCAGUCGCGGUGGUGGAGCUGCCGCAUAGGGUCCCGUAUGGCUUCCACGCCUUGUUUGUUACGGAGGAACAACUGCAGGAACAAACUCUUACAUAG